ACCAAUAAAACAUUCAGCAUGCGAGCAUUGAUGCUAGUAACCUUGAAGCUUAUCGAUACAUGCUACUUACCUAACAUACUACCUAGUACUGUGCACCUAGCUUGCGACAACCUUCAUGAUCCUACUUACAAACGAAUAGAACAACAUCAAUUCUAACGCUGCCAGCGGUAUAUCUGCAUACCUACCUUAGUAAAUAAUAGCUAAUAGGUACCUAUCAUUACAAUAUUCGACCGCACUUGCGACAUCCAAUACUAGACUCUACCAUCGGCAACGAGCUUGAAUCAAUCCUACUGGAAGGUUGACCACAAGCUGGUGGAACCCCAAUGCAUCGGAUCUGCCAGCAGUAGCGCCGAGUUCGCUGCCUUUUCCUUAUUCCCCCUUUUCCCCAGAGCUACCAACUUUCCCGAGCGUCCUCGAUAUUUCGGGGGAAAAAGCUUCCUUCCUUCCUCCACCAGACCCCGCCAUUCGUCAUGUCGCUCUCCGACUCGUUCUCCAUGCCGGACGCCCCCGGCUCCGACAACGACGACGACAUCGACUCCCUCCCCUCCACCUCCACCCAGAGCUUCCUCUCCGACGACGAAGACGACGACUUCGACGCCCAGAAGGAGUGGGAGCAGAGCUUGGAGCAGCUGCAGCUGCUCCUGACCAUGAUAUUAGUGCCCUUCGCCGGCAAAUAUCUAGGACGCAAAUUUGCAUAUUGGAGUUGGGCAAGAUACAUGGAAUGGAUGCAUAACGUCGAUAUCAAGUGGACGAACAAGACUUCAUUCAAAGUCGCGGGCGCCGCGCAAGCAGCAGUGACGCUCUGAAGUGGGGUGGGCGCAACAUGUUUCUUGGCCUCCGAUCUAGGCGCUUUGGACAGAAGUAA